CUCUUAUCGACGUGUUAGUCGACGCGGCCAGGACCGGAGCACAGCAUAUCACCAACCGGCGGGAUAACGGGGUGUUGAGAUGGCAACUCUUGAGGUAUAUGAGGCAAGCCCGUUGACAAAAGAUCCAGGGUGAAGACAUGCGGUCCAGUUCUCUGCACUUUUGAAUAACUACUACCUGUCUAGCUUGACCAACCCAUUCAGUAAUCCAGGAUUCUACCCUUCAUCAUGGGCUCCACCGCCGUCGACCUUCCCCAUCCCUUCGACCCCUUGACCUUGUCUGAGAUUGAGACGGCCAUAGCAACAGUCAAGAAGGCGCACGGCGAUGUCUUCUUCCACGUGGUUUCGCUGCAGGAGCCGCGCAAGGCCGAGAUGACGGCAUGGCUUGCGGAGCCAGACACCUCGCCUCGGCCGAAGCGUGUCGCCGACUUGGUGGUAAUUGCGCCGGGCGGCAAGGUAUACGAUGGGCUGGUGGACUUGGCUGAGACCAAGAUCACCAAGUGGGAGCUCCUGGACGGAGAGCAGCCCAUUAUCACCAUGGAGGAGCUCCAGCUAGUCGAGCACAUUGUGAGGAAAGACGCCAGAGUCAUCGAGCAGUGCAAGAUCAGCGGCAUUUGCCCCCAGGACAUGGACAAGGUGUACUGCGACCCCUGGACGAUUGGGUACGACGAGCGGUUUGGCAGUUCGGUGCGCCUGCAGCAGGCGCUGAUGUACUACCGCCCGGACGUCGACAACUGCCAGUACCAGUAUCCGCUCGACUUUUGCCCCAUCUACGACGCCGACAAGGGGGAGAUCAUUGCCAUUGACAUCCCCAAGGUGCGCCGCCCGCUGAGCAAGGCGCCGGCCCUGGAUUACCACCCGGCUGCGGUGGAGGCGAGGGGCGGGUACCGUGGCGACCUCAAACCCAUCAACAUCACGCAGCCCGAGGGCGUAUCAUUCAGGAUGGCCGGGCGCGAGAUCGAAUGGCAGAACUGGAAGUUCCACAUCGGCUUCAACUACCGGGAGGGCAUUGUGCUCAACAACAUCACGUACAACGAUAAGGGGACCGUCCGGCCCAUCUUCUACAGGCUGUCCCUGGCCGAGAUGGUGGUGCCCUACGGCAACCCCGAGCACCCACACCAGCGCAAGCACGCGCUCGACCAGGGCGAGUACGGCGCGGGCUACAUGACCAACAGCCUGUCGCUUGGUUGCGACUGCAAGGGCUCGAUCCACUACCUGGACGCGCACUUCCCGACGCGCGCGGGCGGCCUGCGCACCAUCAAGAACGCCAUCUGCAUCCACGAGGAAGAUGCCGGCAUCUUGUUCAAGCACACGGAUUUCCGCGACGAGUCGGUCAUCGUGACGCGCGGGCGCAAGCUCAUCAUCCAGCAGAUCUUCACGGCGGCCAACUACGAGUACGUCGUGGCCUGGGUCUUUCACCAGGACGGCACCAUCCAGCCCGAGAUCAAGCUGACGGGCAUCCUCAACACCUACGCCAUGCACCCGGAGGAGGACACGCUCGGCUGGGGCACGCAGGUGAGCCUAGGCGUCAACGCUCAUAAUCAUCAACACCUGUUCUGCCUGCGCAUCGACGCCAACGUCGACGGGCCGAACAACACCGUCUUCGUGUCGGACGCCGUGCCGAGCGACGCGGCCGUGGGCAGCCCGGAGAACUACUACGGCAACGCCUUCUACAACCGGCGCACGAAGCUGGCGACGACGGCCGAGGCCAUGACCGACUACCACGGCACCACCUCGCGCACCUGGGAGAUCGCCAACACCAACAAGCUCAACCCCCUCAGCCGCAAGCCCGUCAGCUACAAGCUGGUCAGCCGCGAGGUGCCGGGCCUGCUGCCGAAGGAAGGGUCGCUGGUGUGGAAGCGGGCGCCCUUCGCCCGCCACGCGGUGCACGUCACGCCAUACCACGACGACCAACUCUACCCGGCGGGCAAACACGUGCCGCAGACAUCGGGCGACGGCAAACCGCUGGGCCUCGCCGCCUGGACGGGGCCGGGCCACGAGGAGGACAGCAUCGACAACACCGACAUCGUGCUCUGGCACACCUUCGGCGUCACCCACUUCCCGUCCCCGGAGGACUUCCCCGUCAUGCCGGCCGAGCCCAUGACGCUGCUGCUGCGGCCGCGCAACUUCUUCGCGGGGAACCCGGUCAUGGACGUGCCGCCUUCCUACGUCAGCGUGCCGAGCCAGAUGGGGAAGAAUAGUAGCAAUAAGAAGAAGAAUGAUGCGAAUGGGUGGAGGGGCCUGGUGGAUGCAACUAGCAGGCUCGCCUUUGGAGAUGGGAAUGGGAAUGGCAAUGGGAAUGAGAACGGAGGUGCGUGUUGCAAGGGGAAAUAAUUGAAUCGGAUGGGGGUUUAUAGCUUGGAAGUUAUCCUGGGCAGUGUCAAAGAAUGGCUUACCCCCUAAUGCUGCCGUAGACGCGCGAGUUGAGCUCGGACGGGCGACUUCAAGGUUUGCUUCCAUACUUCUCGUGGGGAGGCGCACUGCAAACCUGGAAGGGCUGCUUUUGUUUGUUCUCGUAGCCAGGCUCAAGAUCAGAAUAAUAAACCAAAGAACCUGGAAUUUGGUCCACGCAUCAUGUUCACUCCUCCACUCCCCAA